AGUUCAUUUGAAUCGCUUCACCAAAGAAUAAAAAUACCAUUGCCAUCACAACUCAGUGCAAAUCAAUUCUCCAACUGAAAAGGACGUACAUCGAGAGGGAAGGUCUGAGUGCUGCACCAUGCGACUGACAAUUCUGAUUUGUUUGUUUCUCAAGCUAAUUUGGAGCUGCGAAGCAGCAAAAGCAUGCACUAGCUGUCCUAACUCGGCAACAUUAGAGCUGAAAAAUUGCUCUUUAAAUGCUACCAUGGCGCAGAUGCUCGUGAAUUGUUCCGGCGUGGAAGUUUUGCACACUGAACUAGUAGUGCUGCCCACGGUUCACCUCAGCGGACAGUUGAAAGUGUUGAAAGUUGAAAGCUGCAACACGACCGCAGUUAUAAUUAAUCCAACUGGAAGUUAUAAAAUGGAAAAGUUUACGGUGGAGAAGAACAAUCUCAGGACGCUUCCGAGGAAUCUGAACGUGUUGAAGAAGUUGAGGAAGCUCAUUUUGGCUUCCAAUUUGAUUGAGUGCAUCGAUAUGGGUGAAUUCAUUGGAUUGUCCCAUUUGGAGGAAAUCAAUUUGUCGGAUAAUAGAAUAAUUCAAAUUUGCAGCUCGCCCUUCGACCCUCCAGUUUUACCAAAUUUGGACAGAGUUUAUCUGCAACGAAACAAUCUAACCUUGCUGAAUCUUGAAAAUUGGAAAACCCCGAAUGUUAAGUUGAUGUAUUUGAAUAACAACGAGCUAUCGAUUGUGCACAAACUGGCAAGUUCGCUUCCAAAGUUGGAAUCAUUGUACAUUUAUGGAAAUCCAUUGAACUGCGAAUGGUGGGAAACUCUCAGGGCUGAGAUAGAAAAUCCUUGCACGUUUUCUCCCAAUAAGCAGGAAACCUGCGACGAAAAAGCACAACCAUUGAAAAAUUUGAUAAAUCAAAUUGAAGCCUCUUCAAAAAUUCCAUCCACAAACAACGACCAAUGCCACUUCAACUCCUCAAAAUCCCUGACGCAAAUCAAAGCCCAAGUUGAGCAACUCCAGCAACAGGUCGCCUCACUCGGAGGAACACCAUCGGGCCACCAUCCAACCAAAGAAACAAUCGUCCAACUCCACCAGUCCUGUCUCGGUCAGCAGGGUCGGCUGCGUGAAAUUGUGCACGAAAUGGGCUCCCCAAGUCGGACCAACCUGAAGCCCCGGACGGACUGCCGGUGUGGACUGAAGGCGCAAGCAAGGCUCUUCCAGAGACAGCUCGAGCAGCAGAUGGCCAUGUUUGGGGAAAAGUUCCGGGGAAUGGUUUAG